GUUGCCAUUAUAAGAACAUCUACUUCAAAAGCUCUAACUACUAAACUCACAGACUAGUUGGUUGAAGCUAAGCUCUUGAAGCCAUGGCUACCCCUUCCUACCCUUCGUUACUCCUCUGCCUUUCUCUGAUCGCCACCACCCUCUACUUAGCCGAUUCGCAAUCCUUCAUCGGCGUAAACUACGGCCAGGUCGCCGACAACCUUCCGCCGCCGGAUGCCACUGCCAAUCUCCUCAAGUCCACCGCCGUCGGAAAAAUCCGGCUUUACGGCGCCGAUCCGGGGAUCAUCAAGGCACUGGCUAAUUCCGGCAUCGGAAUCGUCGUCGGCGCCGCCAGCGGCGACAUUCCGGGUCUAGCAUCCGAUCCCAACUCGGCGACUCAGUGGGUCAAUGCGAACGUGUUGCCCUACUACCCUGCCAGCAAUAUCACUCUGAUCACCGUCGGCAACGAGGUUAUGACCUCCGGCGACCAGGGUCUCAUCUCGCAGCUUCUCCCGGCGAUGCAAAAUAUCCAGAAAGCCCUCAACUCGGCCUCACUCGGCGGUAUCAAGGUGUCCACGGUGCAUUCCAUGGCCGUGUUGACUCAGUCGGAUCCUCCAUCAACCGGGUCGUUCAACACGACACUCCAGGACACCCUGAAACAGUUGCUGCAGUUUCAAAAGGAUAACAAAUCUCCCUUCACCAUCAACCCAUACCCGUUCUUCGCUUACCAGAGCGACCCGAGACCCGAAACACUCGCAUUCUGCUUGUUUCAGCCGAAUUCGGGUCGGGUUGACUCGGGUAACGGGAAGCUUUAUACGAACAUGUUUGACGCUCAGGUUGAUGCUGUACAUUCUGCUUUGAGCGCAAUGGGGUUUCAGGACAUUGAGAUUGUGGUUGCUGAGACGGGAUGGCCCUCACGUGGGGACACCAACGAAGUAGGACCUAGUGUUGAAAAUGCCAAGGCCUAUAAUGGGAACCUAAUUGCACACCUUAGAUCAUUGGUUGGAACUCCUUUGAUGCCUGGGAAAUCUGUGGACACAUACAUUUUUGCACUCUAUGAUGAGGAUUUGAAACCUGGCCAAGGAUCUGAAAGGGCAUUUGGUCUGUUCAAAACUGAUCUUACAAUGGCAUAUGAUGUUGGCCUAUCCAAGUCUAACCAGCAGACUCCAUCAACUAGUCCAAAAAGUCCAGUUACUCCAGCACCUAAAGUGGCAACACAAUGGUGUGUUCCAAGAGUAGGAGUCACUGAUGCUCAGUUGCAGGCAAAUCUUGACUAUGCAUGCAGUACCCAAGGCAUAGAUUGUGGGCCAAUUCAACCAGGAGGUGCUUGUUAUGAACCUAACACAGUAUCAUCUCAUGCUGCCUUUGCCAUGAAUCUCUACUACCAAAAGAUUGGUAGAAAUCCAUGGAACUGUGAUUUCUCUCAAUCAGCAAUGCUUACAUCCCAAAAUCCAAGUUACAAUGCUUGCAUUUACCUUACUGGGAGUCCCUGAAAAUGCAGAGGCUUCAGCUUGUUGCCAAUUAAAAAUUUAUUCAUAUUAGAAUUAAAUUAACGAAUAAAGGCACUAUCUUUUGAGCUAUUUUAUUUAUGGUACUUUAAUUUUUAUAUAGCUUUAAUUGUGAAGGUAUUGUUGUAAUGUCGCAAUCUACAAUUCUGUUUCCUUUAGUUCUUUUAUAAUCCUAUUUAU